AUGAGUACGCCUUGGUUCGAACGAAAGAAGAGGUUAGAGGUAGUAGAGCCUGAAGAUGAAACUAAACUUGAAGACGAUACUAAUGUCCCUCUCUGGAGAGCGAUGUUCAAAAAGUUGCGUUUUAGUGAGUGUUUAAUUCUUAUAUGAGUUAUAUCAGGGUCGUUGCUAGGUUUUUGUAACGAGGAGGGCGGGGGGGCAUUAUCGCGGGUGCUGAAAGCAAGAGCCUUGAAAGGGGAUGUGGGGGUAUCCUCCCUUAGAAAAUUUUCAAAUUUGGAAGCUCUGAAACGCUAUUUUCAGCACUUGUCACGAGAUAUGUUUCCGAAAAAUCGACCUCGAAUCAUGAAAAUGGCAAGCAAUUGCAAGUCACUGUAAUCAAAAUAACUGAGUCUAAAGAAAACAAAUCCAUCCACGGGCUUGAUUUCCCUGGCUCAACAGGUCCAGAGGUGGAGGGGGGAAGUUGCCCCUUGCGCCCCCGCUAGCUACGGCUCUGUAUAUCUGUUGACGGAAGACUGAUUCCACGAAAAAAGAUACUUUUUUCAAAGAACCGAAAAAGGCGUCUGCUCUCGCAGGCUUCGAUACGUGUGGACGGGGCCUAAUGUUGUUUUAGAAUGUCUUUUAUUUUUUGCACGGGUUGAGUGCAUCGUGUGCACUUUACAUCUACAACAUAAGUUUUGCGUAAAGGGCAAAAAGUCUAUAUUUUACCCGGCGUUUUGAAUUUCCAGCGUGUGCGAAACUUGUUAGGAGUUCAGUCACGUUCUUUUCAGUAUUCUUAUUUUCCUUUUAUUUAAAAGAUGAUCUGACUAGUCACAUCGAAGGCCCCCUUUAAAAAGUGUUUCGCUCACUGUGAUAGUAAGCAUAAUUAUAAUCCGAUCAAGCAAAAUUUGUACCAUUCGACGUGAUGUUCGAACGUUCUGUUUCAUUUCUCACCUUUCCGCCUGCUACAAAGGAAAUAGGACACGUCUGCCGGCACGCAGGCUAUUUGUUCCAUUGAUGUCGAACUCCGCUUUUAAUAAAACAGAACAGUUUUUUUGUGUCAGCAUAAAAAUCUUUAUUAUAUAAAUACCAGUGAAAUACCAAGUGAGCUUUCGCGCGAAAACUUGAUAUCUUCACAUGUGAAAAUAUCACCAUUGCGAUUGCUUCAUAAUAAACCGCACCUUUCAGACCAAAAAACUUUUUAAGUAAAAUGGUUUGGCAUUUCAUUGGUGUUUAAAUAAUGAAUAGAAUAUUCACUCGUGAAAUAUUUUUCAACACUCGAAGAGAAAUUUCGUAUCUCCGCGCGGCCAUGUAAUAUCCUCUGUUUCUGAUAUGCUGUGUACGUAGUCAUACAGACAUCUUCAGGUUUAUCCUAAUUUAUUUUAUCAUUGCAUCUUAUGUUCCGCUAGGAGGAAAGAAUAAGCCUUCGUUCGAACAAACUGCUGAGACUGGAAUGCUUUCGAAUGCUGGCGAAGAGGAAGAAGUGGUUGAGACACUAUUACCUAUGAAAGCCGCUAAAGAAGAGGUUUUAGUAGAUACUGAAGAUGAAACUGAAGUUGAAGACAAUACUUAUGUCGGCGAAAGCAGAAGUGUCAUUACAAGGUAAGUACCGUUUGAAUAAAAAUUCAAUAAAACCUCCGAUGACGGCAACGGUAGCGAAAAGCUACUUAUCAUUAAAAUUACAUUUGUGUAAAUGUAGUAGCGAGGCGUUGCUGAGUCGUUUAACGCUUCGAUUUUCGAAACUUGUGAUAAAAGAAACCCUGCCGAUAAACUCGUAGUCAGAAAUAACAAGCUUCAACAUUUUACCCAAAAAGAGAGAAAUGAACUAAGAUAUGCUACACUUGUAAAGAAAAAAGAAAGUGGCGGUGAGACAUUUUUAUUCCGCGCGAGAUCAGAUACCGUGACGUCUUGUUUUCGAUAGUUUUCCUUUUUCAUUCUUCCACACCAGUGAUCGGGAAAUCGACCUUCCCUCUCCGGAGAGCGGCGUUAUUUAAAAAGUUAGGUGUUAGUGAGUGUCCAAUUCUCAUAUGAGUAAUUACAUCUGUAGACGGAAGACUGAUUCCACGAAAGAAGAUGCUUUUUCAACGAGCCGAAAAAGGCGUCUGCUCUCGCAGGCUUGGAUACGUGUGGACGGGGCCUAAUGUUUUUAAUGUCUUUUAUUUUUUGCACGGGUUGCAUGCACCGUGUGCGCUUUACAUCUUCAACAUAAGUUUUGCUUAAACGGCAAGAAGUCUAUAUUUUACGCGGCGUUUUGAAGUUCCCGCGUGUUCGAAACUUGUUAGGGGUACAAUUACCUUAUCCUAGGAAAUAAACAAUGCACGUUGACAACGCGAAAAAAAAUUUACAUUGCACUCAAUUAACGCGAAGUUUUUAAAAGUUAGGUUUAUAUGCAUUAAAUUAACGCGAAUUUUUCGGUGAGCAUCUUACUUCAUUCAACACAAAUUUGCUGCACUUACAAAAUCUCAACAUACGGAUAUCUCAAGGUUGGAUCGUCCGGGUGAACGUAGUCCUGAACAGGACUGUUGUUGAUAGUGACUGACGUUUCGACAAUCUGUGCGGUAGUCGUCUUCAGAGUCAAAGUGAGUUGCAUCACGUCAGUUGAUGGUAUUAUACUCUGGUUAUUGACCUGAUUGGUCUAUUACGUCGAGAUGUUAUUGGUCGUCUGUCACUUAAGCCGUGAUUUUAUUGGCUAUAAAGACUCGUAAUGUAAUUGGUGCGUAAUGUGUCGGUUUUCUGUAAAUAGUCGUUCCUAUUCUGACGACCACUAACUAGUGUCUUUUGACGUGAAAUCAGAUAGUUUUUACCGACCGAUUACUAGACCAGUCAUCGUACAACCCUACCUCUCACAAGAAAAGGCUACAACCAUACGGACUUUGACAAGACGAGCGAAACUAGUUCGCGACUCACCUGACAGCCAACAAGACGAGACUGACUACCUAAACAACGUUUUUAGUAAAAACAACUACAACAAGAACUUUGUUAGAUGGAACACUCACAGUAACACUGAUUCCAUAAAGGUGCUUUAAAAUAACAAUGUUGUAAAAUAGCGUGCGUUGAAUUUAAAUCGAUGUGAGUUAAGAUACAUUAAACUAACGCGACUUUUUUUAAAAUCGUGCAUUGUUAAUUUCCUAGAAUAAGGUACGUUCUUUUCGCUAUGCUUAUUUUUUUAUUUAAAAGAUGAUCUGACUUGUCACAUCGAAGACCCCCUUUGAAAAGUGUUUCGCUCACGGUAUGAUUAUACGUCGCGGACAAGAAUCCGACUGAACGUCCCAGUCAAAAUUUACUAAUUUUUUUUUUCAGUAGGGAAUUGUUUGAAAUUCGACAACAACAGACUUUGCUCAACGCUAAGGGUAGGGUAUCCUAAUUUUGGAGGAUAAAAGCAGCUAAGAAUUGAUGUUGAAUAAUAUAGUUAACAUUAUAUUAUAUUUAUAUGACAGACCUUCUGAGCGGACUAAAAUUUUUAAAAUAACAUCAGUCUAUGUUCCCGUCUAUAUUAGUGAGCUCACUAGAACUUAAUAACAGUGAAACAUAGCUAUUUAUCUAUUUAGUUCUCGUACCAUAGCUAAAUGAGUAUUUACCACUUACUUAGUGCUAUGCAUUCUUAUUAAAAACUAACUAACGUAUUUGUGACUAUUCUUCCCGCAGCUGCAUAUAGUUUACGCUCAAUGAACGGAUGUGUUGUCAUUGAACUACUGGUGUGGUUAUUAAUCGGUUGUGUACUUAUUGAACUGCUGUGUCGUUAUUGAACUAACAAAAAGGAAAACUGUGCGACGAGUUUUUUGCCUUGAACUCGUCAUCCCCUUGCACUGCGUAGAGCAAAACCAUUAUCGUCCAGUCUCUGUCCCCUACCCCCCAAAAAGCUUUAUAAUUAUCUUCUUCAUUUAAUCUAGAUUUUACUCGAACAUUGAACUAGUGAAAGCUAUGUUUUGAAAACAACCUACAAUCAAAAUUUUUACCGGCUCAUUGCAGAGAAAUAGUGGCAAGUGAAGGUACUCCCCGGGCCCUCAAGACAGGGGCUGUCCAUCUUAUAUUCCAUCCAAAUGCUGUGUCUGAGCCUACGUCAAUAGUGGUCUACAGAUGGAAAUCCAGUGUCUGCUCACCCCCACUACAGGAACACGAGGCCAUUGUCAGCAAUGUUAUUGAACUAUCUUCCCACGAUGGCCAGCGCCUGAAAUUCAGUGCCAUGGUGACUUUGUCGCUUUCUCACAGUGCACCGGACCUACGGGGCUACGAAGUGGUGAUAAAACGGCAGAUCAACAAGGAGACCAAUGAAUGGGAAGACGUGAGUGGAACCAAGGACUUACGCUGUCGCCAAGGUAUAGAAAUGUUCUCUAUGUAGUAGACUUAUGGCAACUAUAGAAAACCGUUUGGCAGAUCCUGUUUCUGUAAGCAGGAUGCGGUGUACGUCUUCUGUAUUGCUGAAAGGUUUCUCUUUUUUUUGAGAUAGUGUUGUUAAGUGUUGCAGUUGCGCUUGCGCUCUCGAUCUGAAGCUUGAUUCCAGUCUUAAUUUCUAUAACGUCAGUCUUUUUUAGUUGUUAAAGGAAGACAAAGAAAGUGCAUGUGAUAGUCACAUUUUACUUGUAUCUUUUAUCGGUAACAGAUAUCGAUGAUGAGCACCCGUCUCACAAGGAAAUACGAGACAUUUUCUUUCCCGUUGCUCAAGCUGACAUAAAUGAGUGCUCAACAUAUGCAGUGGUUUGCCGUCUCAAAUCUUCUCCGCCUUACACCAUCACAUCUACUGGCGGUUUAUUCAUUCAUCCUGAUUAUCCAGGAGUGACGGUUACAAUCCCUGAGAAUGCUGUUGCACCUAAGUCACCGUUUACCUUGGAGUUAAAGGUUGGUGUGAUUAUAAAGGUCCAUUUUUUAUUAUAUAAAGACAAGUGUUGAUAUGCAGGCAAAGAAGAUAAGAAGAUAAGAUAAGAACUUUAUUUUAGCAAGAUAAAAAGAUCAGCAAGGCUUUUUAGAGUGCAACGGUUUCAUAAACAUGAUGAUCUAAUAUUGACCAGUUUAGUGGACCUUGACUGAAAAAUCGUCUACUGAAUCUUGGCGAGAUCUUUUUGUUACUUGAAUUACGUUGUUAUUUAACGUAUAGGAAAGCCAUGUCAAUUUUAAAGCCUAAAAGAAUACAUGAAAUUAACUGCUUACUCUUUUAAAUGGUACAGGUACAAGAAGUUCUAAAUGAAGAAUGUGAAAAGGAAGGUGUAUUUCUUGGACCUAUUCUGCGAAUUAAAUGCUUUGGGGUUAUCCAGUUCUUUGGACCUGUUACCAUUCAGCUACCAGUUUCUCUUCGAGACCGGCUGGACUUUAAACCAGAUCCCACUAGAUGCAUUGUUAGAGUCUUGUUCCUGAAUUGCGAAGAGAAAAAAAAAGAAUGGGUUGAACUCACUGAUCUCGUGAAACCUGCACAAUUUGACGGGAAUUUUGUUAGGAUCCAGGUCCAACGAUUUUCUGGGUAACGAAGCUUAAAAAAUCAUUGAGUUAUUUAGAAUAGAUAGACAGUUGAGCCACGCUUUAACGGAUUCCAUCCAACAAUGGUAAGUGUUGGUCCAACUUCAUCCAAAAUUGUUGGACGCAGCAUGUGAGAUCUGUUUUAUGGUGUUGGAUUCUGUUGGAUCAGGUUAACGUUUGCCUGUCCCCAUGCGUUUUCUCUUUUUUUCGAGAAUUCGACAGCGCGCGCCUAUUUUCUCCAAGUCUUCUCAUUCUAGUUGUGGAAAAAAGGUUGAUGGCUCAUGAACGAAGUGCUAACUGGCUUUUUUAACUCGUUGAGAUAAGCUCUUUCUAGUUUCAAGCUUCAUAGCAACUCCCUUCAACCUGGUUCUCACUUUUUAAUUUUUGGUUCUUCCAGAUAUACCUAUCUUCUUGACUGGCGUCCAGAAAACUCCAGUGUUGAAAGACUUGGAAUUAUUAGUUACAUGACCCAAUUCUUAAGGAAACGGCGCAGACCAGCAAGUUUCUUCGCUUACUUUCGUCCGGAUAUUCCAAACAUUUUGCGCCUUAUAUGUUGUCAUACACACCUUACUCAUGCGGUGAUACAGGAUCUUGAAAAUAGAGACGUGAUAUAUGCUGAUGGCAGUUCGAAGCAAGAUAUGAUACCAGGAGAGGACAAGGCAUUUGUUUUUGUAUCGGGAGGAAUAUGUCCAUUCGAUGAUGAGGACGUGGAUGUUUACCUCAGGUAAGCAUUUUGUAUAAACACAUCACAUACCAAUUCAAGCGAAGCGCCUGCACAAAUUCCGCCCCUCACCCCAUCCCUAAGUAGAACCGCUUUGCAAUAGGCCACUUCCGAGUUCCAAAAACUCUCACUUUCAAAAUGAGGCUAGGUGCACAACCUUUCUUGUGAAAAUGAGUUUUAUUUGCAUGAGAAAGAAAAAUGAUUUCCAUAUCAAAGGCUGAGCACCUACCCUCGUUUUGAAGCAGAGGCCCGGGGGAACUCGGAAAUGGCCUAUUGAAUAGUCAUGCGAAUCGGUGGUUUUAAAAUGCUUAAAAGUAUCCUUUUGACUUUGGCAGCACUUCUUUGAGGAUUUUCUUUUUUAAUACCACGUGUAACGUAUGGCUGAUACACGCGCUGGUGCAAUAUUACACAUAAAGACGAUGUCUCUCGGUUUUUAACGACGUAACUGUAGGACGCCAGUAGGGAGUAAAAAUGUUUGCAGCCUGUUUUUUACCUAUCUAGUUGAUUCCGAAUUCAUCCCAGCAUGGAAAGGAAAAAAUGCAAAUUGAAUAAGUAAGGCCUUUGUCUGUUUUUUUUAUUAAGCUUACCGUAAAGGAACCGUUAUUACAGCAUGGAUAUUUUUGUUUUACAUUUGAACAGGUUAUUAGAAGACAAUCUUGAAUUCAAGACUGAAUUGCGAGUUCGUGUCGUUAAAGACGAAGACCUAGCAGAAGUAGAGUUCCAUAACACCUUGACACCUACAGGAAGAACGAGUCUAUUGUGUAAAUUUCACUUGCCCAUCCAGAACAUUCCACGUGCGGUUAGUAUUACUACUAUCGGCUAAAGGCCUAUUUCCAUGGAGGUGGGGGACCCCAGGUAGGUGAGGUAACCCGCCUGUCCAUAUAAUCUCAGAAUUAAUUUUAUCACGUUUACAUGAAAGGUGGUUACUUCACCUAUCUGGGGUCCCCCACCUCCAUGUAAACAGGCCCUAAAACAUUUUAUAGACAUUAGCCUUCUAUAGAGUGGCGAUAGCGAUGACGAUGACGAUUGUGAUGAUGAUGAUUUAUUGCAGAAUAUCCAGACGAGACAGCUCUACAUCUGCCAUAAUAACUAGAAAACUAUUUAUUUUCCGUUUACUCUUCAUUGCUUCUACACAAAAAUAAAUAGUUUUAUGCCAGUUUCAUCCAUAAGAAUCGUUCUGGACUGUUUUUUUAUCUGCUUAUUUUCUAUUCUAAGAAAUUCUCAACUUGAAUCCGACGUUUGCCGUUUGCAGUAAACGUGAGUCUUAAUCUCUCUUUUGUCACGGUUUAUCCGUUUUUCUCACUUGUAAAGAGCUCCUGAUAAACUUUAUCCUUUUUUGCAAAUUUUCCCUGAUAUCAUUUCAAGGUUCUCUCUUCGUCCAAAAACCUAAAUGUCUCGAAGAAUUAUGAAUGGGAGCAAAGGAAUCUGAGUGCCCUUAUAAUCGUGCAAAGACGAGGAAAAGUGUUGCGUUGUUAAAUCUCAGCAUACCAGAAUAUGCCACAUUCGAGAUCAAGAAAACUUGUUUUGUCAGUCUUAUGAGUCAGUGAGUUAUUGUAAUUGUAAUUUGUUUACCCACGGAGCACUUGGGUGCGUUCCUGAUCGAAUUGGAAUUUGGAAGUGUUGGUUUUUAAAGAGCGAGGAAAACCGGAGUACCCUCUCGGAGCAAGGGAGGGAACCAACAACAAACUCAACCUGGUUAUGCACAGAACCAACAUUGAAAUGAUUAUGAGUUAGGGUUAGGGUUUGAGUUUGGGUUAGGGUGAGGGUUAGAGGUUAAGGUCAAGGUGUGUGUUUACCUUACGGUUAGGGCAAGGUGACUCAUAUACGCUCAAUUCUCGCCAUAUUCAGGUACGUUGAACGUGUUUAGUUAAUGCGUAUACCCUAUGUCGUAGCAUUAGUGGUUUGGCCGCCUAGAUACUCGUAGCCUGCGAGUGCGAGCAAGCACUCCUAUUUGGGCGAGCGAGCAGCGAAGUUCGCGUCUCCUCUCGCGUACCUUUCGCGCGUCUUCUUUUCACGAUAUCCCCCAAAUGGAGAGCUUGUUCGCAUACAGGCUAGGAUACUCGUGCUAAUGGAAUCUUUUGACCCUGAUCGGUAAUCAAAGUGCAUGUACGCUAAAAUUUUCUACCUUUCAUGCCUUUUCAGGUACGUCACGGUUCGAUGGAGCAUGCGCAAGAACCUGGUAAGUUUUUUUGUUUAUUUCCGCCUAUUUCCUCAAAUUUCAUUUCGAGAAGGCAUUUUCCAUCCUCAAUAAUCAGUGUUUGUAAGGUUGGCGUGUCUUAGCUUCAAAAACCUCUAUCGUAGGUCUAUUUGGUUUUCUUAUUAUUUUAUAGAAAAUCGAAGUUAAAAACACAGCCGUGUUUUAUGGAUUUAAAGAUGCUCAUUUAACAAUAAUUUCUUUUCUGUUUUCUUCAUGAAUUUUUUUUUUUUAAGUUUUUACAGCAGCUUAUCUUUCUACCUCCUCUAGCAUUGACCACUGUAACAAGUAGAAGCUAAGUACAAAAGCGAGGAAAUUGCACUGAUACUCGCCAUGACGAAGAAUUUAAUAAGGAUAACGGACUAUCAUUUUCAUUUUAUCGUGUCAAUGGGGUCUCAUUCUGAUCCGACUUUGUUUCAGUGACACUCAGUAAAAAACAUAAACACGGCUCGCACAAGUUUCAAUUUUUUCCCUAAACGAAGGAUCGUGUAUAACCGAUGAAUACUAAAUGUCAAAAUUAGUGUUGUGUCUGUUAGUAUUUUUCUCCAGCCAUGUCGAAAGUUCUGAGCUAGGUGCGUAGCGUACUUAAGCCGCUAAACUGACAACAUUUAAUUCGGAACUUUGUUGAAUUAAGUUAUAUUAGGCUGUAUAGAAUACUAUCACACUGCCCCAAGGCAAGAACCAGUGUGGAUAACGUCAAAUAUUUUAGAUUGCAGUGUUCAAAAGCUCACUUCCAUUCUGUGUGACUCCGGCAUUAUCAAAAGGAAGUUGUAAGCUUUAAUACAUGCACGGGAUAUCUUAAAUAUUUUAGAUUACGUUUACUCGUUUGCCACGAGACUUAACAGUGACUUGAGAAGGUCUUGAGAAGCUUCUCAGUCAAUUUUCGUACCUAAAGGUGGUCAGUGAAGUCUUAGGCCCAGGCCAGCCAAACGUUGAACUUUUCAUGAGACGAACCAAACUCUAAUUUGGGUCGACCGAAAUUAUGUUAAGAUCGUCUGUUGGGUCAGACGUCGAUCUUAGGACGCGUCGAACCAAUCAAUUGAAUCGGAUAUGUAAUAAAUUUUCUCCCGAACGAGGCUAAGCAUGCAUUAUCAUACAAAUUUCAAUUUAUUAGCUUAGUUCGUUGCGUAUGAAGAUCGACGUGUGUCCCGGAGACGAUCGAUCUUCAGACGUUCCUUUAUUCGUCUGAAGUAGACGGACGGAACGUGUUGGACGAUCCAAACUCAUUCAGACGAACUUAACUGAGGCAGACGUCAAACGUUUCAUGAACUUAACUCACUAAAUUUGGUUCAUCUCAUGAAAAUUUCACCAACCGUGAAGGAGGCUUAAAAUGCACGAAUCGUAACAGCCACAGCGCUACCAAAAAAAAACACGUAUGCACUGUUUCUGUGUACAGCCAAUCAUUACCAUGUACUGUCUGAUAAAGAACAAAAGCAGUAGGUUUGAUAAGCAAAACAACAAUGACUUCUGUUGAACUGCGGGGUGAAGAAAUAACUGACCUUCCGAGAAGAUCAUCACAAUUGAAUACGCAACUUAAAUAGUUGCGAAAAGAGAGCCUAGAAAAAAAAAACAGGCUUGCCGGGAUUCAAACCCUGACCCUGCUUCCCACCCCCGGGUUCGGUUCAGCAUUCACGCGGCUGAAUCUCUUACUUUUCGAACGACAGAAAGAAAAAAAUACCGCUAGCUACGCAGGCUAACGAACCUGUUCUUUUAUGAAUUCCUACCGCCCUUCGUUUAGCCAUUCAUUAAAUUUGUUCAGGAUGUCUCAUUCAUGUGCAUACCUUAUUCUGUUGGUCUGAAGAUGGAGGAUCCAUCACUUGGUAUCUCCAUCGAUUAUUUUCACUCCUCUCUUACACGAAUUUUAAAUAGAGGUUUUUCCUUUCACAGAAAUCAAAGAUGGCAUUCCAACACCCGAUGAACUGGAAGGUCUGUCACGAAAAAUCGGUGACAAGUGGAAAAACCUUGAUCGUAAGCUACAGUUCGAUGAAGCACAGAUAACAGAACAUGACCAGAACAAUAAUAAUCUUUCUGAAAAAGCAUACAAAUUGCUGAUUGCUUGGAAAGGAAGGGACGCCUCAGAUGCGACUUACCGUGGUUUGCACAAAGCACUGUCUGACGUAGAACGUAGGGAUUUAGCACAAGAGUUUUGUUGUCAGUCAAAAAGGUAUUUUACCAUUUUCUUUGCAUUAUAG